GGGCUCUCCUGUUCUCUUUACAAAUGCAUUAGGUCACAGGUGAGAUGGCAGGUGCUGGGCAGCGCAAAGGGAAAAAAGAUGACAACGGCAUCGGCACAGCCAUUGACUUCGUGCUGUCCAAUGCCCGGCUUGUGCUGGGUGUGGGUGGAGCAGCUAUGCUGGGCAUCGCCACGCUGGCUGUCAAACGGAUGUAUGACCGGGCAAUCAGCGCUCCCAGCAGCCCCACGCGCUUGAGCCAGUCGGGAAAGAGAAGCUGGGAAGAGCCAAACUGGCUGGGCUCCUCCUCACACUUACUGACCCAGGACAUGAAGACUAACCUCAGCCGCUCCCUGCAGACCCUUCCCACUAAUCCUUCGGCUGCAGACACAGACUUUUUCCGACCCACAAAGCCCAAGCCAUCUGCCAAGAGGAGUCAAGUAGAGCUGAAAAAAUCCCGCCUUCGUCUGUCUCUGCAAGAAAAGCUCUUUGCUUAUUAUCGGAGGAAGGUAGCUAUCCCAGCGGAUGAGCAGGCCCGGGCCAAGCAAGCAGCUGUGGAUAUCUGUGCUGAGCUGCGCAGCUUCCUACGUGCCAAGCUGCCGGACAUGCCCCUGCGUGACAUGUACCUCAGCGGCAGCCUGUAUGAUGAUCUGCAGGUAGUGACAGCUGAUCACAUCCAGCUCAUUGUGCCUCUGAUGCUAGAGCAAAACCUGUGGUCGUGCAUCCCUGGGGAGGACACUAUCAUGAACAUUCCUGGCUUCUACUUGGUGCGUCGGGAAAACCCAGAAUAUUUUCCCCGUGGGAGCAGCUACUGGGACCGCUGUGUGGUGGGAGGUUACCUCUCCCCCAAAGCUGUAGCAGACACCUUUGAGAAAGUCGUAGCUGGCUCCAUCAACUGGCCAGCAAUUGGGACUCUCUUGGAUUAUGUGAUCCGUCCAGCAGCUCCCCCAGCAGAUUUGACACUGGAAGUCCAGUAUGAUCCAGAACGGCAUCUUUUUAUUGACUUCCUGCCAUCCUUGACACUGGGUGACAUCAUUCUUGUGGCCAAACCCCAUCGAUUGGCCCAGAAUGACAAUUUGUGGCGACUGAGCCUGCGGCCAGCAGAAACGGCUCGCCUCCGGGCCCUGGACCAGUGUGAUUCUGGCUGCCGUUGCUUGUGCCUGAAGAUCUUCAAAGCAGUAUGUAAGUCAAACCCAGCCCUGGGUCACCUCAGUGCCAGCCAACUCACCAAUGUCAUCCUGCAUCUAUCCCAAGAAGAGUCUGACUGGUCCCAGGACAUGCUGGCUGAUCGCUUCUUGCAGGCGCUGAAGGGUUUGAUCCGCUACUUGGAGGCAGGUGUCCUCCCUAGUGCUCUGAACCCCAAGGUGAACUUGUUUUCAGAGCUCACCCCCGAAGAAGUGGAUGAGUUGGGCUAUACUCUCUACAGCUCUCUGUCAGAGCCAGAGGUCUUGCUGCAGACGUAAUAGGGCCUUACGUAAGGAAGUGUUGAUAGGGUUUACCCAAGGUGGACUGUGAUUACUGCGAAAUAUGUCUCCUCCACUUCUCUCUCUCUCUCUCUUUCUCCGUUUGGUUCAUUAUUAUUUCCUGCUGUGGAGUUGGUGCUCCCACUGAAUUUCUUGGUGCUACUGGUCCAUUUCCACCAUCUCUGCCCCAACAGGUACCCAUUGGCUAUGGAAAAGAGGCUAAAACUGCACCUCUAAGAUCUUCACAUAAAUUCUGCUGAUGUUUUAAGUGUCUACCAAAAAAAAAAACCACCAAACUAUGCAGUUCUUUCUCCUGUAGUACACUCACUGCAGUGAGUCCAUUUUGGUGUGAAGAAGGUGGAACUGGCCUGGUAAAUCCAGUGAUGAUUUUAUCAGACUUGCAUUGAGGUCCUUUCCUUUCCUCCAGUCUGACUUUUACCCCAUGUUUCUUUUUCUCUUCUGUACCACACUGUCACGCUUUCCUCUUUUUUUUUUUUUCUUUCCUUUUUUUGGCCCCUUUGACCCGGUCAUGCAGGGCAGGCUGAGUGAGAUAUUUUGGAUAGGGUUGUUUUUUGUAUUUGAGUGGAUAAUUACACUGGCAAUAUUUAGGGCUGUAGAGCUUGGAAGAGGAGAACACCUAUGGCUUCUGCUCCUACGGAGCCUUCUCAUCCUUUGCAAGCUGUGUUCCGGAGUAAGGGCUGCGGCUUGUACAGUCUGCUGCAACACAACCUCCAGUAUGGGCAAUUCUCACUGAAGCUGUCAUAGGGGAGGAAGAAACCUUUGUGUUCUGGCUAUGUGAUGAGGCUGAAGGAGCAGGGCUUGUCAUUCCUGUCUAGCCAGAUCUGCUGGGUGUUGCUGGUGGGAAUGGCCCUGGGAAUGGAGACCAGGGCGGCUCCAUAGAUGUCUCUGGCCUAGAGGAAGAGAAGUUGAUUAUGGGGGAGGGGUGGGAGACACACAUGG